GGCGCCGCGGGAAGGCGGGGCUGAGGGCUCGUCACGUGGACGGCCCAGCGGACGUGACGCGUCUGCGGGGCGGGGCUAUGGGACGCCGUGGGGUGAACUGUAGGCGGAGCGGCGCGAUGGACGCGGUGCGCCCGGCAGCGGGCGAGAACGGCGUUGGCAGGAGGGCGAUCCGCGUGGGUACCCGCCGGAGCCAGCUGGCCCGGAUUCAGACUGACAGUGUGGUUGAGAUGCUCCGUGAGUUUUAUCCUGACUUCUGCUUUGAGAUUGUUGCCAUGUCUACAACUGGAGACAAGAUCUUAGAUACAGCGCUUUCUAAGAUUGGGGAGAAGAGCCUCUUUACCAAAGAGCUGGAAAAUGCACUUGAAAGAAAUGAGUCUCUGGCACUACAUGACCCAACCGUCUGUUCAGCGUUGUGAUUACUGUUCUCUAAUUCAUAGAGUUGACCUGGUAGUUCACUCCUUGAAGGACCUGCCAACUUCUCUUCCUCCUGGCUUUACCAUUGGUGCUAUUUGCAAAAGGGAGAACCCACUUGACGCUGUUGUCUUUCACCCCAAAAACUGUGGGAAAACUCUCAGUCUUCUUCCUGAAAAGAGUGUUAUCGGCACUAGUUCACUUCGGCGAGCAGCCCAGCUCAAAAGGAAGUUCCCUCAGCUAGAAUUCAGGGAUAUUAGAGGAAAUUUAAACACCCGCUUGAAGAAGCUAGAUGAGAAGGAAGACUUCAGUGCUAUAAUCCUGGCUGCUGCUGGACUGAAGAGAAUGGGCUGGGAGAAUCGCAUUGGUCAGCUCCUGAGCCCUGAAGAUUGUCUGUAUGCUGUGGGACAGGGCGCUUUAGCAGUGGAGGUUCGUGCCAAAGAUCAAGAAAUACUGAAUAUGGUAUCUGCCUUGCACGAUGGAGAAACUGUAUUAUGCUGCAUUGCUGAGAGGGCCUUUAUGAAACAUUUGGAGGGUGGCUGUAGUGUCCCUGUUGCAGUUAACACCAUGCUGAAAGAUGGCCAGUUGUAUUUGACAGGUGCAGUCUACAGUUUGGAUGGAUCUGAUAGCCUGAAGGAAACAAUGCAGACAAGCGUUAAUUAUCCACAACGGAAUGAAGAUGGACCAAAUGAUGAUGUGCAGCAUGUUGGCAUCACAGCCAAGAAUGUCCCUGGUCAGGCCCAGGAAGCUGCAGAGAACCUUGGUGUUGAACUAGCUAGUUUACUUCUGAGCAAGGGAGCUAAGCACAUCCUUAGUGUGGCAAGGCAGCUUAAUGAUGCCUGCUAAGCCUCUAGUGAGAUCAGCAAGAUUGCUACAACUCUUGCUUCAGUCUUCACAGCUACUCUGACAGCUGUUGGAGGAAGGGGUUUUUGUUUUCAACAUUUGCACCAGCCUUGUCUGACCUUUGGGCAUAAAAUACUUGAAAUACUAAACUAAGUUUCAAAGUUAUUAUCAGGGUUUAUCGAAGUUGCAAAAUUUCUCUUAAACAAGUUUCAAAGUUUUUGUUGCUAAGAAGUGUCGUAGUAAUUGUUCUCCUCUUGCAUUUAGUAACAAAACACCAAAUACAGAUUAUAGUCAGACUAAACAGUGGUAGUACUGAAGUACUGCACUGUGCUGACAAUACA